UUAUUAAGAAUACCUUGACAUCCUGGGAUUAGAAUAGGCAUCCAUAAAUGUGGUCGGGAUUAUCGCGACUUUUAAGGCUCGGCGUGAAGGCGCCCCGAGGCCGAACCGGUGGAGAAAGGCGAGCAGGACCACAUCUUAGCACGACUUGUCUUUAACACGACACACUUAUGAGCAUUUAAACUGAAAAGGUCCUCUCAUAUUCAUUCGGAUCUCAAACAUAGUCCACAGCAAUGACAACUUCCAUUCUGCUGAAGCAAGGGACGUUGCUCAUCCACGACCAUGACGUCAUCCGGGCGGAGCAAAAAGACCUCCUUGUGGAAGACUCGAUUAUCUGCCAGAUCGACGACAGCAUAAAUCAGCCUCAAUCUGCGACCGUGAUUGAUUGUUCCGGAAAGAUUAUAUCACCUGGCUUUAUUGACACCCACCACCAUGUUUGGCAGUCAUGUCUAAAGGGGACCCAUGCCGAUCAGACCCUGGUGGAUUAUUUCUGGGAUGGGAACUUCAUCAGCUCAUUCCUAUCGCCUCAGGACGUUUUCUGGAGUCAGUUGGCUGGGGCUCUGGAAUGUGUGGACAGCGGAACGACAACGGUAGUUGACCAUGCCCACAUCAACUAUUCACCUGAACAUUCAACCGAGGCCCUCCGAGCGACCAUUGCGUCCGGCCUGCGAUCAGUCUUCGCUUACUGCCCAACGCCUCGCGUAGCCUCUUGGAAACCAGAAUUUACUCUGGACAGAGACUUCCUACCACCGUGGGUUAUGGAAACAUUCAAAAAGUUGGCCGGCUUGAAUCCAUUCGGACCAAAUGGCCGCGUCAGUCUUGGGUUCGCAUUUGACGGUCUUUUCCUGCCGGGAUCCAUGCUUAAAGACAUGUAUUCAAAGGUGCGGGAAGCAGGGGCUCAAUUGAUCACGUCCCAUUCGGUUUAUGGCGCACAGUUUGGGGCUCCCAAUCAAACCUCCGCAGCCGCAACGCUCGACGACAAUGGUCUCCUUGGCCCAGAUAUCCUCCUAUCCCACAACAACAAUCCAACUCCACAGGACGCGCGACUUGUCACUGACAAAAAGGUCAAGAUCUCCAGCACACCAGGAACGGAACUUCAGAUGGGCCAUGGAAACCCCGUCUGUUUACGAGACGACCUUUACGCGCAAGCUUCUCUCGGUAUUGAUUGCCACAGCGUGUGCAGCGCAUACAUGCCCGCGCAGAUGAUGUUAGCGCUGCAGUGGGCACGAGCAAGAAGACACGAAGACUUGGAAUCUCAGGACAAAUGGUCGAGCGAUGUGGGAUUCAGUGCAUCUUCUGUCUUCAACCUCGGCACGAUUCACGGUGCGCGUGCCAUCGGCAUGGAAGAUACGGUUGGCAGCUUAGCCGUUGGAAAGAAGGCCGACCUUGUGGUUUUCGACUGCACUACUCCCGGCAUGAUCGUCGCUGCUGAUCGCGAUCCUGUGGCUGCCAUCGUGCUUCAUAGUACAGUGCGGGACGUCAACACUGUCAUCAUCGACGGAGUGAUCAGGAAGAAAGACGGUACUCUGCAGCCGGUUCUUGCACCUGAGAGUAUCUCCGAGAAGGUUGAUCAGGGGCAGAAGAUUGAAUGGAAGGAUAUCGUGCCGUACGUGAUGGAGCUUAGUCGGCGGGCUGACGAGAAAAAGAAAACAACUGUUGAUGGUAAGAGUGCCAAAAAAGCGAUUAUGGAGGCAUUUCAUAUGAAUGUUGAGGGCCACGUUGGGGAUAUCUGAGCUGAAAGCGAUUGUUUAUAUAUUGCAGAAUAGUAGUAUGAAACCCCUCCAUCGAGCUGAACACCGAAGAGUCAAGGGACCCCAAAAGAGACUCGAACAUGACGUAGCAACUUAUUCAGUUUGGUGACUCAACAGCGAGAUGCCGACUGC